UCCCUUCUUGCACCAAGCCAGGGCCGGCUCUAUGGCACGGAGCUGUCCAGCACUUCAGGAGGCGAAGCUCAGUAGUGGAGGAUGCUGCAAAGAGGGAGCCCGAAAGAGCCUUGAGGGGAGCUGGGUGCGCUCGGGAGCGGAGAGGGUGGGCUUUGGGGAGGGUGCAAGAAUAGGGUGGGGUGUCCCAGGGCUGGUUGGCCCUGGGCUGGAGGGCCCAGGGAGCCAGGAGGACUGAGCUCCAGCGGAACCAAGGAGAACGAGGCUGGCAAGAGCGAGGCCAAACCCCAUCUGCAGUUAUUGGCACGGACACAAGAUUGCGCUUCCUUCUCCAGCAAGGCUUUGAAGCAUCAAGCAGAGGGGAUACCAGUUCCUGGAGGAAAUGUGUUCUUGAGGAGAGAAGGCCUGGAGUCUCCUCAGUGACGUCCACCUAAGGGGAAUGCAUCCCAUCUUUUGAGAGGGUCUACAGAAGGGCCCACCCACCCACCCAAAUACACACCCGGCAUUCAUGGCUCUCUACAACAACGGUGCCAGGAUGCCUUCUCCACAGGAGGCCUCCAACGGCUUCCCCCAGGCGGGGGCCUCGGGCACAUGGCACAAGCCAGAGGACGAGGUGAGGCUGGUGGAGGCCGGUUUGGUGAAGAAGGCUCACCGGGAGAUUCUGGACCACGAGAGAAAGCGGCGGGUGGAGCUGAAAUGCAUGGAGUUGCAGGAGAUGAUGGAGGAGCAAGGGUAUUCCGAAGAGGAGAUCCGUCAGAAAGUGGGGACCUUCCGGCAAAUGCUGAUGGAAAAGGAGGGUGUUCUCACCCGCGAGGACCAACAUGGGCGGCAAAUAGUGAUCGAGAACCAUCACAUGGUGGAUGGCGAAGAGUACAUGAUGCAGUACCCGGAGUACGGGAAGGGAUGCCCUUUGCAGUGCGACUGCACGACCGACUGCUACCAAGACGACAGCAGUCACCGCGAAUACAGGCUGAAGAGACGAUCGAGCAGCUCCACCUCUCCCCCGCCCAAGAAGAAAAAGAAAAAGAAAUCAGGUCAUCGCCGGAGCCGCAAAAAAAGGAAACCUGGAUCUGAACGCAGCGGGGAUAGCUCUUCCCCGGUCCGGAAGGAGAAGAAGAAGAAGACAGGGAAAAAACAUCGGAGAGACAGGUCUGCGUCUGGCUCUCGUAAGAAGAGGAGGCACAGUUUUCUGCUGUCUCAUAGGUCCAGAAGUCUCAAGAGCAAAAGGAAAGAGAAGAACAAAGACAGAAAAAGGUCACACAGCGAGUCGUCCACUCGGAGGUCCCACAGGCGCAGCAGCUGCAGUUCCCGGAGCGCCUCGCUCUCCUCGGAUUACAGCGACUGCAAAUUGACAAGCAGACCGAGUCCCAAGUACAGAGAGGAUGCCCAGAAGGGCAGCAGCCACCAGUCCAGCCAGAGCCCCUCCUCCUCCUGUACCGGCCACAGCCGAUCGGCCACGCCUCACCAAAACGGGCACAAGGGCGGUGCCCAGAACGGCCGCCAUAGCCACGGCGCCCUCUUGGAGAAGAAACAGGAGAGGCUGGAUUCCACGUCUCCUUCCACGAGGGCCCAUGUCAAGUCCGAAGCCCCAUCGCCCCACUCCAAGGAAGGCCGGUGCAGCAGCAAAUAUGGUGUCAAGGCCUCACGCCGGUCCGCCUCACCUCCGGGGAGAUGCUCGGGUGGAGAUAAGCGCUUCCACAGGCGCCAUGCGAGGUCCACGUCGACCCACAAGCACAAAGGGCGUGGCAGGGCCAAGCUCUCAGCCGCCAAGGAGUCCCCGCGAUCUGUCAGCCACACAGGCUACAGCAGUGACUCAGAGGGGUCCACCUGCUCGCACCCUUACCACACCAUGGCCGGGACAGAAAAGAACCAUGGGGUGCACCUAAAAACAGCAAAGGAGAGGCACCACCGCGGUAGGCUGGGCAGUUGCUCUCCAGCCCCAGCCAAACACUCCAGGCACAAGUCGGAGCGAAGGAAGAGCCUGUCUCGGAGCAGCUCCUGGAGCUCCAGCCGGUCCCCGUCGAAAUCUCGGUCCCGAUCCCGGGAGAAGAGAUCUGCACGCAGCAGGACCCGGUCUGGAUCCCAGAAAAAAAUAACAAGCAGCAGAGAGAAGGACAAUGAGCCGCGCGCCCGCCACAGUGACACAGAACCCACGCGUGCCCGGCGUCGCUCCCGGAGCUACUCCCCCAUCCGAAAGAGAAGGCGUGACUCCCCAAGCUUUAUGGAGCCCAGAAGAAUCACCAGUGCCCGCAAGCGCCCGAUCCCCUACUACCGGCCCAGCCCGUCCUCUUCCAGCUCCCUGACGAGCUAUUCCUACAGCCGCAGCCGCAGCCGCAGCUACGACAGCUACAGCAGCAGCCGCAGCCGGACUCGCACCCAGAGCCGCAGCCCAAGCUACAACAGCCGGAGCAGUUCUGAGAGCGCUGGGUUUUGAGGGCCAGCUGCCCGGUUGCCGGAGUGAGCUGGCCCUGCCCAGCUGCCCUCCCCACCCGCCCACCCCUCCAAGGCAUGCCCAGUUUUAAUUCCUCAACCAGCGCCAGCCUCCGCUCCUUCUUCCUUCCUCGUGACUCUGGAGUUGCUGGGUGCGUCCAGCCAGCGAGGAGCUGGGAGCUGGCCCAGCCAUUAACCGGGGAGUCAGGAAAUCUUGUCGGUGGGGAGAGAACUGCCGAGUCACCUGUUAGAACGCAGCAUCGUGGCGGAGGAGGCCAGACACUCGCUGGAAGUUCGGGGUUGCAAAAGGAUUGAGGUUUUGUGGGCAAGGACCACAAUCGUCUGGCUGCUCACAUGGACAAGAGGCCUGAUGGUGGACUCCGUUUUGCUUUGUUUUUGUUUUUUUUAAAAAAGCUAGUUUCUACUGACAAAGGGUAGGGAGGGUCUCCCGGGGAAUAACGCCUCCAGGGUUCAGGAUCAUGCACAGAGCAUAUGAACAAACACCAAAACCCACCACUGAACUUUGGGCUCUAGAACAUAGGAGUCCUCGCUAUUUGAUCGCACCCAGCCUCGAACAAACAGCUCACAGAAGAUUCUUCCUCGAGGGGAGUUUGAGGGAUGUUGUUGUUGUCCACCCCACCCCAACCCCUAAUUUAUUUGUAGUGUUUAUUUAUUUCGACUCCAGCAGCCUGGAGAGGUUAAUGUUUAAUUUAUUUUAGGAGGCAGAAAGGAGAGGGGCGGGUGGCAUGGGAGCACAACUCUGUUAAUUUCCAGAGGGAGAAAUUCCAAAAGAAAGCUUACUUGGGAGUUUGGAGGGUUGUGUAAAACCCAGGAAAUGGACGGAGAAGGAAGGAAGGAAGGAAGGAAGGAAGGAAGGAAGAUAGAAGCUGAUCACUUCCAAAAAGUUACAAAGAUGACUACUGGAUUGACUACUUCAAAGCAGAACUAAUCUGCGUCCCAGGAAAGGACCUCAGCUCAAUGCUAGAACCCAGCGCACAGGAUUGGUGUUUAGAAGUUUGCAGGUACAAACAGCAUUUGCCACCAAUGAAGACACACACAGAGAGAGCACUUCCUGAUGGAUGCAAUGACCUAGGGAAGGCCCCAGAAUCAACCCCUGCCUGGCAACAUGUCCAUCUGGCUCCACGGCAGGUGAUAGCAAAGCCCCAUCUCUGCGUGAGACCCUGGAGAGCAGCUGUUGUUCAACUUUGAUGCUUCUGGGCUUGAUGGACAAGCAGUCGAUAAGACAAUAGGGACACCUGAUGGGGCUCAAAUGCUGUAGGCUGGUUUGCCAAGUUGGGCGGACCAUCAGCCUGACUUGGUCUAAGGCAGCACUUUCAUAUAAACAUACAUCUAUGUGUCCAAGGCUGUAUGGAAGCUUGCAGAGAGAGCCAGGUGCUUCCAGCCCCCAGCUUUGCAGGAUGACCUCUGAUGUAUCUUAGCACAAAGGGGUAUUUUGCUUUCUGCAAGAGAGCAAAGGUCAGCCAGGCGAGGGUCAAGUCACUUAGCACCCUUUCUGUAUAACCAGAUAGCACAACCGGAUCAGUUUCCCUUGCAUAUAUGAGGUGGGGGAAAAUAAAUAGAGCAAGUUCAGGGACACCACCCAAUCAGACCUUUGCCUCAAACCAAGGGAGAAAGAGGGGGGGGCAAAACAGGUGGGUUGUGAAUCAGAUCCCCCUUCGCAAGCCCAUGAAACCUCCAAAAAUCAGUCUGAGUGUCCAAAUCUCCUUCUAUCAGAUGUCAGAUGUAAAGAUGUAAAACUCACAAAGGACUAGCAUCCUGACAUGGCCUGUGCUAGAAGGGCAGAAAAUGCACUGGGUAAGGAGGAGCAUCGCACAUUGGAGAUCAUUCUCCAAUGAGCGUAGCAUGAACAAAACAGAGAAGCCACAACACCUUUGGAAGAAAACCUCCUGGUUCUGCAGAGGUGCCACCCACAUAUUAUUUAAGCCCCACCAUUCAAAUUCAGAUGCUGUAGACACCCUCCCGAUUCUUGGAUUGAGCCUCCAGACCUGAAUUCUGUGGUUUGUUGGCCAUAUGUGAAAAACUGGAUUCAGAAGAAGCAGUGCGUUGGAUCUCUGUGUGGCCAUGUUGCAGGUGGGGCAGAGAGAGGGGGAAAGAGAAAGAGGGAGAGGAAUGAAGGACAAUUCUUUUUAGGGACAUCUGACAUUGCAUCCACCCAGUUCUUCCAGUGACACGUUUAAACUAUGGAGAUCCACAGUCCGUGACUUACUUGGCAAAUUUGGAUUUGGGAGGCUUUUGAAGCAAAAUGACACCUGCCUGUUGCUGAGUUGUGAUUGUGGAUCCAGAUAUUAUGAUCUUUAUUUAACACUUAUAAAGCACCUAAUGUUUUCUAAGCACCGUCAUAUAUUAAAAGCUGAGAGAGUUCCUGCCUGUGGUCUUGCAGCCAAACGGACACAACACAAAAGGAAAAAGGGAUGGGGAGGGAAGAGGAAAGCAAGCUGCUCCUUACUAACUGAGAGAUGGGGCCAAGAUGCCCUCCCCCUGCCCGUGAGGUUCUUCCUGGGAGGUGCAGGCCCCUCACUCCCCAUGCUGGCGGCAGAGACCACAGUAUGCCUCCCUUCAGCUCCACAGUCCCAGGCAGCUGGCAAUUGGACAUGACAAUCAAGAACUCUUGGAGGUCUUUGGAGCAAGAGCUGCCAGAGUGAACUGUAGGCUAGAUCUAGGCAAUAGGUCCUACUACAUUGAUCAAGGAAGGAGGGAAGACUAGGCUUCUAAUUUAGUCAGCCCAAAGGUUAUACUGUUGGACCCUGGUAUUGCAGAAGAAAUCUCUAACCUAUAUCCAGCUGUUGGUUAUUGUGUUUUUACAUCCCUACCAGUCGCUGAAAGCUCACACUGGCAGCAGGCAGAGCCAAAGUAUCUUCCUCCUAUUAGUUCACACCUGAAACACAGUCGCCGCCAGAGUGCUGCCUGGGCUCUCCGAAGACGACUGAGCAACAGCAAAUACUGGUUCCGUGGGGCUCUCCAAAGACGAUGGACAGCUGGGGAAGCUCAGCCAGUAGAGCAAGAGACUUAUUCUCAGGGUCGUGGGUUUGAGCCCCACAUUGGGCAAAAGAUUCCUGCAUUGCAGGGGGUUGGACCAGAUGACCCCCGUGGUCCCUUCCAGUUCUACAGAUCUAUGACUCAGUGCCAGCAAACGGCGGUUUAGUGGCGCAUCAGUCUCCAAAGGAAGGUCCCCAAAGGACUGCAGUGUUGAGAUACUUUUGGGGUUCCCUUCCAGUUCCAAGCAGCAACGAGUGUAGAAAGACGGCGUUAUCAGGGAAAAACAUGUCCAGUCUUCCUAGCAUCCUUUCAUAGUCUCUGCAGCCGUUAGCAAACCAGAACAAACCAUUCUCUAGAAGAAAACAAAAAUUAAUCUCUCUUUCUCUCUUUCUUCUUUCUCUGAAUUGUGAAGUUGAGCUGUAGAUUCAGUGAGCUGGUUCAAUGAUAAUAAAAUAUACAAUACUGUAUAUAUAUUGUAAUGGAA